CCCGGCCGGAGGGCAGCCCCCGCUGCCGGGCACCGAGCGGUGCCGGCGGCCACGCAGCCCCGAGCCCGGCCCGGCCCGGCCCGGCCCGGCCCGGCCGGAGGGAGGGUGGGGGAAAGUUUGGAGCCCUCCCCCGGCGCGUCGCAGCCUGCCCGCCGCCGAGCUCCGGCCCUGACAGCGCCCCGCUCGGAUCCGGAGCCACUCCGGAGCGGCUCCGGAGCGGCCCCUGCCCCGCCGCCCCCCUGCCCCCGCCGCCGCCUCCCCGGCCGGGGCUGGGCUGCCCUGCUUUUGGAGUCGCCGCCGUUUCCCCUCCCUUCCCCGGAACCCCCCCCUCCCUCGCUCCCUCCCUCCCUCCUUCCCUCCCUCCCUCCUCCUCCUCCUCCUCCUCCUCCUCCAGCAACCGAAGGGAUUUUUUUUCCCCUUUCUUUUCACCCACCCACUUUUUUUUUUUUUUUUUUUUGCGGUUUUUUUUUUUUUUCCCUCCUCCUCCUCUUCCUCCCCGCCGCGGAGCUGGAAGCCGGCGUGAAGGAUAAAUAACAAUAAAAAAAAAAAAAAAGGCAGCGCAAAGAGGAAGAGGCUGGGGAGGAGGAGGAGUGGGGGGGGGGAAGGCACGAAGAAGAAGAAAGCGAGCAAGAAAAGAAAGCGAGGAGCCGAGCCCCGGCGGCAGGGAAGGAGGCGGCGGGGCCGGAGAUGGACGAGCAGCCGCGGCUGAUGCACACGCACGGCGGGGUGGGGAUGCCGGGGCACCCGGGCCUGUCCCAGCACAUGCAGGAUGGACCAGGCGGGGCGGAGGGGGAGGCAGGCAGGAAGCAGGACAUCGGAGACAUCUUACAGCAGAUCAUGACCAUCACGGACCAGAGUUUGGACGAAGCGCAGGCCAGGAAACAUGCUUUAAACUGCCACAGGAUGAAGCCAGCCCUUUUUAAUGUCUUGUGUGAAAUCAAAGAGAAGACAGUGCUGAGCAUCCGGGGAGCGCAGGAAGAGGAGCCCACAGACCCCCAGCUGAUGCGGUUAGACAACAUGCUGCUGGCCGAGGGGGUGGCGGGCCCCGAAAAAGGAGGAGGCUCAGCCGCUGCUGCCGCCGCCGCCGCGGCAUCAGGAGGAGCCGGCUCUGACAACUCGGUGGAGCACUCUGAUUACAGAGCCAAACUCUCCCAGAUCCGGCAGAUCUACCACACGGAGCUGGAGAAGUACGAGCAGGCAUGCAACGAGUUCACCACCCACGUGAUGAACCUGUUGCGCGAGCAGAGCCGGACCCGACCCAUCUCGCCGAAGGAGAUCGAGCGGAUGGUGAGCAUCAUCCACCGCAAGUUCAGCUCCAUCCAGAUGCAGUUGAAGCAAAGCACGUGUGAAGCCGUCAUGAUCUUGCGCUCCCGAUUUCUGGACGCACGGCGGAAGAGACGAAACUUCAACAAGCAGGCUACAGAAAUCCUGAAUGAGUAUUUCUAUUCCCAUCUCAGCAACCCUUACCCCAGUGAGGAAGCCAAAGAAGAGCUAGCCAAGAAAUGCGGCAUCACAGUCUCACAGGUAUCAAACUGGUUUGGAAAUAAGAGAAUCCGGUACAAGAAGAACAUAGGUAAAUUUCAAGAGGAAGCCAAUAUUUAUGCUGCCAAAACGGCUGUCACGGCUACCAAUGUGUCAGCCCAUGGAAGCCAGGCUAACUCACCCUCAACUCCCAAUUCAGCUGGUUCUUCCAGUUCUUUUAACAUGUCAAACUCUGGAGAUUUGUUCAUGAGCGUGCAGUCUCUCAAUGGGGAUUCUUACCAAGGGGCCCAGGUUGGAGCCAACGUGCAGUCACAGGUGGAUACCCUUCGCCAUGUUAUCAGCCAGACAGGAGGAUACAGUGACGGACUCGCAGCAAGUCAGAUGUAUAGUCCGCAGGGCAUCAGUGCUAAUGGAGGUUGGCAAGACGCUACUACCCCGUCGUCGGUGACCUCCCCCACAGAAGGCCCUGGCAGCGUUCACUCUGAUACCUCCAACUGAUCUCCCAGCAAAUUGCAUCCCUGGCUGAGCCGGCCCCGGCGGGGGCGGGAGGGGAGGGGGCCUCUCCUAACACCGCAGCAGUCAGACUGGAGGUGAAACCAAUCAGCACACACAAGAAGACUCCUUCUCUUCUCUUCUCUUCGUCGGGAUGCUUUUUUCAGCCAAUCUGGACACUUCUUAUACUCUCUUCCCUUUCUUUUCUGGGUAGAAGCCGCUCACCCCCCGCCCCUUGCCACCGCCACAACACCUCCCUCCCCCCCACCUCCCCACCGAAGGAUAUUUCGACAGGUAGAAGGAUUUUCAGGAGGAAAAGAAAAAAAAAAAAAAAAAACAACCACAAAAAACCAACCACCGCCAAACCAAACAAACCAAAAGCAGUGCAUGGCCUCGUGCUGGCUGUCUUCCCGAGGAGCCAAAAAACGAACCUCAGUCGAGUCUCAGCCCUUCGCUCGCAGGCAGCCCCGCUCGGCCCGCUCCUCUCACGCUACCUCUCAGUAGGAACACGCCACGGCAGCCCCCCGCCCCGCUGCCCCCUCACCUCUGCCGCUCCUGGACGUAGCGAGCGCAUCGCCGUGCCGCGGCGAGUCGUCCCCAGGGAUGCAGGGCGGGCGGAUGCGACCCCGGUGCACGUAGGAGAAGGAGCCGAAUGCCCCCCCUGUGGUGCUCCCCGGUGCUUUCUGAAGGUACCAGCCCCUUCCCAGCCCCCGGACGCCACCAGCUCGCCUUUCUCCCCGCCCUGCUCGGCCGCAGACCCCAAACGCGGCGGCUCUCUGUGUGCUUGACCCCGUGUGCCUCGAGAGGUGAAACCUUGCCAGGCCCUGGCCUUGCGGAGCUGCUGGGGAAGGGCAGGAGCGGAGGGAAGGCAAGGAGGCAGAGGCAGGUGAGGAAUCGCCCUCGCGUGUCACGGAAGCGCCGAGCGCGUCCGCGGUGGUUUAUGUGACCGAGCGUUAGGUAACGAUGGAUGGGACCCCGGCAGUGUUCCCGCAGCACCUGGGGAGGCCAGCAGCGGACGUUUUGACGUGGAGAAGAGCAUCGCGUGGUGUUGGCUCGUGUUGUCACCAGCUGCAGAGCCGAGCAGGCGCCGGGAGCGCGCUGUGCGAAGGAAGACGUGGGUUUCCCCAGCACAGGCAGGGUCCCAAGAGGUUGGUGGCACCCUCCGGGUCCCCAAAGCCAUUUAUCAGUGCGUGGCCGGAGCAGCGGGACCCCACAGGCGCCGGGUGCCUUUGGUAGUGAUUAAUACAAUGGGUUUGCUUGAGGGUGAAGCCCUGUAAGGCCAAGCGGGCGUCCCUUUGGGGCUGUCCUUCACCUGCAGCUUGGAGUUAAUCCGCGGAGUGGCAGCCGAAGCCGUGGGAGAACUCGUGAUUUUCUGCCCUGCUUUUCUGGUCUGCUUUUUGGACAGCAGGCGAUGGGUGGAAAACAGGGCUUCGUCCUGCUGAAAUACACCUUGGGGCAGCUCCUGCAGGGAGGCAGGGGCUUUGGAUGAAGAGCUGGGUGCGGAGCAUCCAUUGUCCCAUGCCAUGCUUGAGCUCCUGGCCAUGGGGGUGCUUAUAGCAGACACAAGGUGGCCAGGUAGGCAUUCGGGGGCGCAGGGCAGUGUUAAGCAGGAAACUUUUAAAAUUCAAGCUCUGCCAGAACAAUUUUCACCCUUCUAUCAAAAA